AUGGGGGCAAAUGAUAUUGGAGGUGGUGGCCAGGCGGUGGAGGGUUCAUUGACAAGGAUGGAUCCUAGGGAUGAGGAUAUGGAGGUUGAAGGAAGAGAUGAUUCAGCGACUUCCAGUGAAGAGGAUAUUGAUACCUCCAUGAUGCUGAGGGGUAUAGCCCGACAGGCCAUGGAUGUGUGUGGCACUGCCCAGGAUGCCUUGCUGCAGACAAAGGAAAACACACAAGAACUUCAAUCAAUUCUGCAGAGAAGGCGGGGUGGUGAACUUGGGCUGGCGGAUGAGAUAGGAGACUACCUUUGCUUUUCUCCUUUGGACAGCAGCCAUGAAAUUGUGGCCAUGGCUAGCAUGUUUACAGACUUGGAAGCAGUUGCUUUCUCUGUGUCUGAAUCCCUCUUGUCCUACAUUUCUGGACUAAAGGUGAAGUUGAGGCCGAGCGGUUGGUCAUUGGUUUCCAAGUUGAUGCACAAGAAGUGUUGGGUUAUUUCCUUCCAUGUGGAGAAAAGCCUAAGUGGGCUUUAUUAA